AUGUCCUCAGCGGAAGAGUCACCGGCUCAGAGAGCAGCCAGACUGCGUCGGGAACGUCGUGAGGCUAAAAUCAAGGAGGGUGGUGCAGCGCGUCUGGACAAGAUCACCAGUCUGAGCGGACGGACACCACAGAGCAUUCGCGAAGAAACCUCUCCGAUUCCCUCUCCAUCCCCCUCACCCCAGCCUCCUGCCCCCGUCUCCAUGCCAGAAACAGGGCCAUUCCCGGGACCACCACCCCGUCAAUUCCCUGGACCGACCGCCAGCGUCGAAGAUCACCCACCAGAAGAUCUCCAAGCACAACAGGAGUACAUCCGGUCUCUUCUACGACAGAACGGGCCACCACCAACCGAGCCAGGCCUUGACGAUGAUCCCAUGAAACUGCUCAACACCCUCAUGUCCGGCGGGAUCCCCGGCGGCAUUCCCGGAGCCGACCCCAGCGCAGGCGGCGCCGGUCUCUCGCAAGCCAAUCUCGCCGGUACACUCGGCUCCCUAGGUCUGCCCCCGUGGGCCGCGAAUUGGCUCGGCGCGGCAGCGCGGCCCCAGACGGACGAGGAGAAGCGCGAUAUCCGGACGUGGAAGGUGCUCCACGUGGUCUUUGCGGUGGCGAUGGGCAUCUACCUGCUCCUGGUGCUCGGGGCGUCUGUCGCGACGUUUGGGAGCCAGCCGCCGCCGCCUGCGACGGCGCGGAAUCCGUUCGUGCUGUUUACGACUGCGGAGCUGCUGCUGGGCGGGACGCGGAUCAUGCUGAGCAAUAGGGGUGGGGGGUUGGUUGGGCCGGCGCUGUGGAUUCAGUUGUUCCGGGAUGUGAUUCAGGAUGGGAGCAUCGUGCUCUUUCUGCUUGGGAUGAGUGCUUGGUGGACUCGGGAUUGGAUGGCUGUUUAG